AUGUCACAAAACUUUAACAGAGAUCUUUCUACUGUGUCUCAAUCGAAACGGUUCACAAUGAAACCUCAAUGGAAUGGAGUUGCUGCCUCCAAAGCCACAGCUUCAAGCAGUAAUAAGGAAAUUGAUAUUUCGACAAAUACGAACUCGACCUCCAACUCUCAUUAUCAUAAAGUUGAAUCACAUCUCAAAAAUGACCAGGUCGCCAUCAGCACAAAUGAACCCUUCCUAAAACAUGCAGUCUCCGACAAAAGUCAUCAUUCGCGCUUUGCAAAAUCAAUCGGAAAUACUUCUAAAAAUACGAUCUCAUUACCAUCAACUGGUUGUUCAUUUUUUUGCAAGCUUCCCCUGGAGGCUCGCAAUAUGAUCUACGAGCUCUUGCUGGUAAAUCCAAUUCUUGGCAAAAGCUGUAGUGUGGCCGAUCGUACCAGUUCGCCCAGAAGUCCUCCACCACACGGAUCAAGCCAGCCACCGCUGAAGUUUGAACUUGAACCCCAAGUUCUUCGAGUUUGCCAUGCAAUGUACUUAGAAGCAUCGGAAAUUCUAUACGGAUCCAAUACGUUCUACAUCGCUUGCUGCAAAUAUGAACCCGUGGAAGAUCGUCUCCCAAGCAGAUCUGCAUUUAAUAGAGGCAUGGAAAUGACGCCCAUCACAAGACAUUAUAACAGAUCGAGUCACGGUCAACUUUUCCUAUUUGAUCAUCCAGCGGUGGUAAAAGUUAAACGCUGGAGAGUCAUUGUCAGUUCAUUUAUGGAUUCGCAAGUAUUGGGAGGAUCGCAUGAAAUGAGAUUUUGGUCGAUAGAAAACUUUUGUCUAGCCAUCACUCAGUCUCCAUCCAUAUCUCUUGAGAUUGCACUAGCACCGAUUGGUCUAGAGAAGUGUGAGGAAUCAUAUUGGUUCCAGGACGAGGUCAGCUAUCAAGAAAUGAAGGAUAUGCUCAUACCUCUACGAAUGCUACGAGGGGUAAAAAGGCUUCGAUUCCGAGAUGCAAGUUGGGACGAACUACCAGAUGUUUACCCAUACAAUACUUUCUGGGGCAAGGACUGUCGAUCUAUUAUCCCUUCCUACAGUUCAAGAAAAGAACUAAGAUCAAUUAUGAUGGGAAACUCCGUGGUAGAGCUCUCUCGACGAAUGUAUCUUCGACUCGUGCGUUAUGCACAGGCAUUUGAGGCAGUUGAUACUUUCAGGUCUGAAAUGUGUCACUCGUCUACUGGCAGCGUAGGCAGAUAUCUGAUGCACUAUGAAUCAUGUUCUGGCAGCAAUCGUUGGAUGCACAGGCCCCGCGAUCCGACUAUUCAAAGUUCACACCCUGUAGAAAGCGGUCUUAGGCAUGCGAGUAUUCUCUCGUCCUCACAAUACAAUCCAAGAGCAUUCAAGUUAGAACGAGCCUUCAUUGUACAAUAUUUAGAGCCACAAUAUCAGAGGGCAAAGUUGGCAUGUUUUAAUAUUACGGAGUUCAUCAAGUCCGAAAAGAGAAAGGAUGGAAUGCUUUCGCCCAAACUUACUCGGGAAUGGCACUCUCCCACGAUUGCAGCAGAGGCUAUUUUACUCCUGGAAAGAUAUGAGCAAGCUCUUCAAAGAGAUUUUCCAUAUGCCGACCAAAUCAAACAUCGAGCCAAUCGUCGAAAAGACACUUCGUUUUAUAACAAUCUUCCCCGAAACGUCCUCAUGAGACAGGCUACCGAUGCUUUUGAUACGAUGAAUUGGGCCUUUUUCCCAAAUUGUUUUAAAAGAAUGGUAGAUGAUUUGGAUAAACAAUUUAUGGAAAUGAGAAGGGCGAGGAAAGAACUUUUCGAAAGCGAUAAAAUGUUAGACGUUGGAUGUGACAUCGAGUUGGAUUCAAAGCUAUGCAUUGAGAUGGUUGAUUGGACGAAAGAUGAACCGAAAUUUGGACCAAAGUCUAACGACCGGGAGUGGAAUGCUUUGAGAUAUAGCAUGGGUGAUUGA